CACCGGCUGGAGGCGAUGCUGUACGCGCUGGACCGCGUCAACGGCGACCCACGCGUGCUGCCCAACCUGACGCUGGGCGCCCGGAUCCUGGACACCUGCUCGCGGGACACGUACGCGCUGGAGCAGGCGCUGAGCUUCGUGCGCAGCCUGCUGCCCCCCGAGGGAGGCGAGGGCAGCUGCCCCGACGGCUCCGCGCCGCGCCGGCCCCCGCCCGAGCGCCUGGUGGGCGUCAUCGGGGCUUCGGCCAGCUCCGUGUCCAUCAUGGUGGCCAACGUGCUGCGGCUGUUUGCGAUCCCCCAGAUCAGCUACGCCUCCACGGCCCCCGAGCUGUCGGACCCCGGCCGUUACGAGUUCUUCUCGCGGGUGGUGCCGCCGGACUCGUACCAGGCGCAGGCCAUGGUGGCCGUGGUGCGGGCGCUGGGCUGGAGCUACGUCAGCACGCUGGCCUCCGAGGGCAACUACGGCGAGAGCGGCGUUGAGGCCUUCGUGCAGAGCUCGCGGGAGGCCGGCGGCCUGUGCAUCGCCCAGUCCAUCAAGAUCCCGCGGGAGCCGAAGCCGGGCGAGUUCGCCAAGGUCAUCGGGCGCCUCAUGGAGACGUCGACGGCGCGCGGGGUCGUGCUGUUCGCCAACGAGGACGACAUCCGGCACGUGCUGGAGGCGGCCACGCUGGCCAACCUGUCCGGCCACUUCUCGUGGGUGGGCUCGGACAGCUGGGGCGCCAAGAUGGCGCCGGUGCAGGGGCUGGAGGAGGCGGCGAGCGGGGCCAUCACCAUCCUGCCCAAACGGGCCUCGGUGCCAGGGUUUGACGAGUACUUCACGUCGCGCUCGCUGGAGAACAACCGCCGCAACCUCUGGUUCCACGAGUUCUGGGAGGACGAUUUCAACUGCCGGCUGCCCCACGGCGGCGCGCCCCACGCAGAGCCCGGGGCCGGGGCGGCGCCCGUGCGCAAGUGCACGGGCCGGGAGCGCAUCGGGCGGGACUCGCCCUACGAGCAGGAGGGGAAGGUGCAGUUCGUCAUCGACGCCGUCCUGGCCAUGGCGCACGGGCUGCACUCCCUGCUGGGCGAGGCGUGCCCGGGCGGGGGGCUCUGCGCACACAUGGACCCCCCCGACGGGCGCCGCCUGCUCACCCACAUCCGCAGGGUGGCCUUCAACGGUACUGGGGGCACUGGGAUCCGGUCCCAGUGCCGCCGCCGGUCCCAGCUCCUCCCGCAGCUCCCGCUCCAGCAGCGGCUCCCCGAGCUCCGCCACCCCCGGGAACCCGAACCGCAGCAGCACCGGAUCAGCGGCGGGGGAAGCGCCCCGGCUCCGCUCCGGUCCCGGUGCCAGUUCCACUCCCGGUGCCGGCCCCAGUCCCGGUCCCGGUUCGAGUCUCGAUCCCGGUCCCGGUUCCAGUCUUGGUCCCAGUCCCGGCCCCAGUUCCAGGCCCAGUCCCAGUUCAAGACCCAGUCUCGGUCCUUGUUCCAGUUCCGGUUGCGGUUCCAGUCUCGGUCCCGGUCCCAGUUCUAG